GCACACUAAACACUUCAGAACGGACAUACACACACAUCAUACACACGCCAGCACCAGAAAUUGCUUUCAACUUACUGCAUAAUGGACACCUCCACAAAGAUUGACUGAUAGUGCCAAUAUUUUUCCUAAAGUUUGGGUAAUUAAUACACAUAAGUACUACAGCGCUACUAAAAAAUUGACUCAAUUGGUUUCACACAAAAACCCGUUGUGUCAGAGUUCAUUGUUUUAUCCAAGUCUGUAUACCAAAUGCCAGACUAACUACUGGAUGAGAAUUAGUGGCCUACUGGAAUAUUUCCUGCUGGGACUUGCUUAUCAUAAAGAUACCCAAUACCAAAUAGCUACAAUUUGAACUGUUGAACGGUUCAAAUGGUAAUCUAGCACAUUUUUCCUGUGAGGUAAAAAGUCAACCCCAACUUCUACGGAAUGGUGGAUGCGUGGGCAUCAUCUAAUCAAUCUAGACAAUCACGAAACAAAGAAAUUUUAUUCCAAUUUACUAAUCAACGAUUAAAGCUAAAAGUGCCAAGAAAUAGAAAUUAUUGCAGGACAAAAAGUGAAUGCUUAGUGAAUAUAUGUACAAAGUCCUUAAUUAUCAAGGGGUUUUUAAUUUAAAUUAAAAAGUUUUUGUACAUUUACUUAACUAUAAUUAUACUCUGGUUGGAAUAUUAUCCUGAAAUAUGGGCACCAAUGACGAUGACAGAAAUAAAGGACAAAAUUCAGGAUAUGGAUCUAUUUCUCCUUCGAAAGAAGUGCAUCAGAAUGGUUUGGGCGAGAACAAUGUCAUGUGUCAUCAUACAAGUGAGAGGUUUAUCCACCGAAUUCGCCAGCAAUCUCGUCAGUCGAACGGGCCUGCAAUGGUCAACUUUCAAGUUGCCCGAAGUCGCAGAAGGCCCAUUCUCAGAACAAAGUCUGAACCAGAUUUUUCCGCCUUGGUGGAUGAAGACGUUGAAGCAAUUCGAGAAAAAUUAAUAAAACGUUACGGGAAUCAUCAGCGUUAUGUCCUGAAAGGCGUGCCAAAAUUUACAAAAAGGCAAUGGCUAGUUUUAUGCUCUCUUGCCUUAGUAGAUUUCACGAGCUUUUGUGCCAUGAGCAUUUUGGCCCCAUUCUUUCCUUCUGAGGCGGCUGCCAAAGGAGUUUCGACUUCCGUUUCUGGAUUUGUUUUUUCUGUCUACGCAUUAGUCGUUUUCCUUGCCUCGCCGUUAACUGGGAUUGUGGUUGGCCAAACGGGGCCUAAAUUUCUACUUAUUCUGGGAGUAUUUUUAGGAGGAGCUUGUAAUUUAUUGUUUGGGAUGCUGGACCAAGUGGAAUCUACUCCCGUUUUUAUUACGUACUGCUUCCUUGUUCGAAUAUUCGAAGCUCUGGGGGCUGCUGCUUUCGCCACCAGCUCGUACACGUUCGUCGCUAAGAUUUUUCCUGACAACAUCGGCGCUGUCUUAGGUAUUUUGGAAACUUUUGUGGGGCUAGGUAUGUCAUUUGGCCCAGCCAUAGGAGGCAUUUUAUAUGAUUUGGGUGGUUAUGCUCUUCCCUUCUGUACUUUGGGCGUCAUAAUGAUUGCCACCAUUCCCAUAAACAUGAUGCUUCUCCCAAAUGAAGAUUGGGGUGAGGAAGUGGUAGAAAGCAAAGGAAGUAUGUGGAAACUCGUUAAACUUCCUCCGGUUUUUGUGGUCUGCUUGGUCGUAAUAAUAGCAUCCAACACCUGGGGCUUCCUGGAUCCAACAUUGUCAAUUCAUUUGUCUGAGUUUAACCUAUCAGCCAAGGAAUUAGGACUGUUUUUCUUACUUAACUCAUUUUUAUACGCUGCAACAUCCCCUUUGUGGGGCUACGUUGCUGACAAAAUGGAAAGGACUUGGGUUCUUAUGUUUUUUGGCCUGUUGUUGAACACAAUUGGACUAUUACUUUUAGGCCCAAGUCCAUUUUUACCUUUAAUCAAUUCAGUGUGGUUAAACAUAGUGGCUCUGAUUAUAUUGGGUACCUCGAUUGCAAUGACGCUCCUUCCAACAUUUGAAGCGAUACUUGACCUUUCACUUGAUGCAGGAUAUCCUGAUGACACAUCCACCUACGGACUGAUUGCUGGCCUUUGGUCAUCAGUUUACUCCUUGGGUGAAGUAAUGGGACCAGGCCUUGGAGGAUAUCUCUUGGAAACUUUUGAUUUUCCGAUUUCCGCAACAGUUAUGGCAGCGCUUUCUUUCGGACUUGCAAUUUUCGUGCUACUCUUUUUUUCCACGAUUCAGUCCCCAUACGAUAGCCAAAUUUGUCAGUCAAGUAAAGAUGAUAGUCGUGACGGGACAACUGAGGCUGACUCGGGAAUCAGCGACAACAUUUUAGGAGUUACAUCACGAUCAUCGUCAAUCUGUUCUUUGGCUGAUCACUCCGGCUCAGGAAUGGCGAAUGAGACGACUCCGCUGAUAAUGUCCCGGAGUUUUGAAGGACGGGAUCGAAAUUAUGGUCAAUAUGCUAAUGUUCCCGACUCCCUCAGGUAUAGCUCGGGAAUGGACGGAAACUUUGGAAGUUUUCCUGACAUUUUAAAAACGGUAUGCAUUACUGGGGCUGGGGCUGUGGAAGUUUAGAGUUAGUUUAGAUUUCCACGUCAUGUGCAUUUUUUUAUCCAAAAACCUGUUUGCUUUUAGUUUUAAAAAUGGCUAUAACCAAAUCCAAAAUAAUUUAGUAUUCUGCGAUAUUUUUAAAGUGAAGUAAAAUUUAAUAAUGCUCAGAUCAAAAUUGUGAUAAUAACUUAGUCGAGUCAGAAGGUGAAGUCACGUAUGAAUGACUUACAUAAGGGCAACGUGUGAUUUACAAACUGAUUGCUCACAAGUCACUGGCGUAACUUAUCAAGUUAUUAAGUUCAUUCGUUCGUUACAGAGAUUAAAAGUGUAUUGUACAUUAGAAUGACUUUAUAAUGCCAUUUAAUAACUAUGUUUAUA